UAGCCGACAUUCUCUCAUUUAGACCAGCAGCCAUUCAUGUUGUUGGACUACUGCUGCCGUUGUUUUGGAUUCACGCUCAUAAAACGCCAUGGACCCUUCUCCCCCAAGACUACACCCAGUGACACCUUGGUUGUCCUGCAGAACCUGUUGAUGUGCAUGGUGUGCUUCUACUCUCUCUACUACACGGUGGUCAGUCUCUGCAUCGGACUGCUCAGGGUUCAUGAGAUCAACAGCUUGUUGGCUCCAUUUGACUACACGACACAACCGUCAUGGCAGAACCCCAAAUACCUCGUUGGUGUAAUUUCCACAGAAGUGACCUACGUUUUGGGAGGGCUGGUAUUCGCCUGGAUAGUCGAGGAGUGGGUUUGGGAUUACGCCAUAACUGUCACACUGCUGCACAUCGCGAUGACUGUGGCAGUGAUGUCAGACUUCCCUUCAGCUGAGCACUGGUGGAUAGCUCUAGGUUCAGGCCUGGUGAUGAUGAUAUUUGGAGGACAGCUCAUGGCCCAUAAACUCUACAGAAGCAACUUUGUCUAUCCAGCUGAACUACAGAACUUCUAA